CGGAAAGGAGGGGUGAGGCUGUUGCGGCAGGGGUAGUCAUGGGUGGGCUUGCUCCGUUCUGAUGGGGGAUCGGGAAGAGGGAAGGGGAACAUGAAGGGAAGGGUCUGCAAGUUUUUUUUAUCCUAAUUAUUUUUUUAAUUAUACAAAAUAUUAAGAAUCUAUAAAAUGGUGAAACAUAGCAACUCACCUUCUUUUAUAGGUUAGCAAAUUAACAAACAGGUUAAGGGACUAUUUUGAAUAAAUGGGGGGCAAAGGUAAGAUUAUUUUUUAGUUUAUUCAAAGGUUGAAUUAUUUUUAACAGAAGUAACAAAGGUGAGAUUAUUCUUUUUAGUUUAUUUUAUAAGUGACCAAAUAAUAGCAGGCUAAUAAUAAACUUUUUAUUUAUUUUAUAAGUGACCAAAUAAUAGCGGGCUAAUAAUAAAUUCCAAACAGUUCACCAUCUCCGAAUUUGCACACCUUGCUCAAAGUGAUUAAAAGAAGAUCCUCAAAAUAUAAAAAACAAAAAAAAUAAUCCUCCUUGUCUCUUUCCUCCAUUGAAGCGGCUAAACUCUGAAUUCUCCGCUGAAGUAGCUUUCUCUCCUCCAUUGAAGCGUCUGACAUUUGGGAUAGAGAGAAUUAAUAAUGCCUGACGUACAAGCUCUAGUCAAUGACUUUGUUAACAAACUCAGAAAACGUAAAAUUGAGGGGUCACAAGCAACAGCAAAGCACACUGCAGAGUUUCUUCGCUCCGUUAUAUCCCAGCAGAGAAUUCCUUAUACAAACCAAGCUGGAGCUCUCAUUGAUGCGGUAAAGGCUGUUGGAGAGCAGCUAAUUGCUGCCAACCCUGUGGAGCUUGCUGUUGGUAAUAUUGUCAGGAGGGUGCUACAUAUUAUUAGAGAGGAGGAUUUAUCUCUUACUACCGCUGCUAUUGGUGACCUAAAUAUAUCAGUUGGAAGUGAUGAUGAUGAAGAUGACAGAGAUGAUCAUCCUGUUCUGUCAGCAGCCGUAGUAGCUGCUGCAGCAAGGAGCACUUUGCGCCCACCAUCACUACAUACUCUUCUUGAAGAUGUACCCAAUGCUUCUGCUGCUCCCCUUUCUUCAUCUGGGGGUGAUUCUGAAGGAAAAAGCAAGUCUGCUGAUAAGAGUUUAAGGAUUCGAAAACUGAAGCAUGAUAUCAUUGAAUCUGUUAAUGAGCUCAUUCAGGAUAUAGACACUUGCCAUGAGCAGAUUGCUGAGCAAGCAGUUGAGCACAUUCAUCAAAAUGAGGUAAUUUUGACUUUAGGACGGUCAAGAACUGUGAUGGAAUUUCUCUGUGCUGCAAAGGAAAAGAAACGGUCAUUCAAGGUCUUUGUUGCGGAAGGUGCUCCAAGGUACCAAGGGCAUGUUCUUGCCAAAGAAUUGGUGGCUAGAGGUUUGCAGACCACUGUGAUUACUGACUCUGCUGUUUUUGCCAUGAUAUCAAGAGUAAACAUGGUCAUAGUUGGAGCUCAUGCUGUUAUGGCUAAUGGUGGACUGAUAGCCCCUGUUGGCUUGAAUAUGGUUGCUCUUGCUGCUCAAAGACAUGCUGUUCCUUUUGUUGUUGUUGCAGGCAGUCACAAGUUAUGUCCCUUGUAUCCUCACAACCCCGAAGUCUUACUCAAUGAGCUGAAGUCCCCAUCUGAUCUACUAGAUUUUGGAGAAUUUUCUGAUUGUAUGGAUUUUGGAAGUGGCAGUGGCAAACCGCUGCUUCAUAUUGUCAACCCAACAUUUGACUAUGUGCCACCAAAGCUCGUUAGCCUCUUUAUCACUGACACCGGAGGGCAUAAUCCAUCAUAUAUGUACCGGCUGAUUGCAGAUUAUUAUUCUGCUGAUGAUUUGGUUCUACAACAAAAGUCAACUGCUAAUUCCAAAUCUCUAUCCGGUCUUGUAUGAAUUUACCACCUUGAAAGACUGGCUGUGAAUUCAGCAAGAGAUUUGUAGGUCGAAAAGGUUGAAGUGAUUGGUGGUAGCCUAUCAUUCUCAAAUGUGAGACCAAAGUUUUGCUAAUACACCUUGUUCUAUCCCGCCACUCCCAAGCGGAAAUAAUGGGAAACCGUACGGGGAGACUAACUGAUGGUUACUUUUGCUCAUGUGGGUGAAUAUAAACAGCUAGAUCCUUUAUGCUGUUAUUGUAGAUGUAAAAGUAAAAUCUCAAAUUUCAGUUGCUGUUUAUUGGUAGCAUUCAACUGGUUAUUGGUAUUUAAAUUGCACAUGGUAGAGUAAAUUGAGGCUUUAACCUUAUGCUGUUUUGGUACAGAGAAUUUAUACAAUCAUUAUAAUCUAAUAACGAAGAAAAUUACCUCUAA